CCUGCUGGCCCUGAAGGAGACAGCCUAAACCCCAAGCAGCUGGUCUAAGCCGCGGCCGCUUCCGGGGUGGGCACUCAAGGCCUCUUUUGCUCCCAGGUCCCAGGGCGUUAGACGAAGGGAGAGCUUUCGGAUGAUGGGUAAAGGGGGAUAAACUACUUACAUUUGCAAUUCUAUCCUUUAUUCGGGCUUUUCAUGGUGGGGCGCGGCGGUUGUUGACGGGGAGCGUGAUGGAAAGCGGCGGUAGCCGCCACGAAGGAAAACGGUGAUGGCCCCGAGGAAAGUAAACGCCGAGGACGGCGGCGUAGCCGCCACGAGGUACUUAGUGUGCCGCCACGAGGUUUGUAGUGGGCCGCCACGAGGAUUGUAGUGGGCCGCCGCGAUGAACAGCGCAAAGCGGCAGUAGUCGUGGUAACGGCGGCGGUGGCCGCGACGAAAGGCGGCGGUUGCCGUAAAAGACGAAGAGCGGCGAUAGCAGUAGAGAACGGCGGCUGUGGUCAUGACAAAAUCGGCUUUGGUCGACAAGGCGACGAGGGUUGGCGGUGGCCAUGGAGAAAAGCGGCGGGCCGCAGCAACUACCGCUACGAAGGAGGGCAGCGUGGUGGUUAUUGGCGGCAUUCCGUAGCCGCAAGUACUACGUGUGGGUCGGCGAUGGAGCAUUCGUUGCGAUUGAUGAGUGGUGAGGGGGGGGGCGCUGGGAGUCCGAGCAUAUUCUAAACCGUAGGUGCCGGAGAAGCACUGAGCCAGACUUGAUGAUCACCCCCAAUUCCCCUACGAGUCUUUCAUCGGGAGAGGCCGCCGGUCGGACGUUCCAGUGGUUCCCCGCCCGUUAGGGGGGGGGGGGGUGACGUUUGAUGGUUUAGCGAACUGUUAAUACGGCACUAACUCGUCCGGCAUUAGUUCGGCAGGACUACACUCGCGAGGAUCCCGGCUCCUUUGAUACCGAACACCAGGGCCGGGUCUUUUCCACGCGGUCUUCGCCCGAUCCCGUCGACGUCCGUAUCGCGCGAUGACUCGUACUCUACUCCCCGCUCGGAUGCCUCAAUCGUCGUUUUAUUUGCCCCACACUUUCGUCUUUGUUCGGUUUCCAUCGUGUUCGUACUUCCGAUCCACCAUCGCUGUCGACUUCAUUACCGAGCAGAGGAUGCUCGUCAGUACCAACCGCACACCACUGGUGCUGCCCAUCGGAACGUUCAAAUUGAACGUUAUCGCGAAAAAAACAUUUAUCCUCCUUCCCCAAACCAUCAGCCAAGCAAAGUGUUACCGUUUCGUACGGUAACAACCGAUUCAUUAUGCAACUGAAAUGAGUUGCAUAAUGUUCAUUAUGCAACUCAUUUGAGUUGCAUUAUAAACAUUAUGCAACUCAAAUGAGUUGUAUAAUGAAUAAAUCAUUGCAUAAAAUUUUGUAUGGAACUCGUUGCAAAACUCGAUUUUUUCAGCACUCUUCGUAUUUAUCCAACUCAGCAAGCCUCGUUGGAUAAAUGUACGACUCGUGCUGAAAAAAUCAACUUUUUGCAACUCGUUACAUAAAUAACUAGUAUGGAACUCGUUGCAAAACUCGUUUUUUCAGCACUCUUCGUAUGUACGACUCGUGCUGAAAAAUACAAAUUUUUGCAACUCGCUACAUAAAUAACUAUAGAGCAACUAAAAUUGAGCUGAUAAAAUCAUUGCUGUUUCCGCACUUUCUUUAUGGUGUUGAGCUGAUUAUGAAUGCUUCAAGUACAGCAUUUCGUAGACUUUGUGUGGCGUUGAAUUCAUGUAUUCGCUGGGCUUUCAAUGUUUUUAGAUACUCUAGUGUGUCACACUUACAACGAGAAAUUAUGGGAUGCUCCCUUAACAAUUUUAUUAAAUAGAGAUGUUGCUUAAGUUUGUUCAAAAUUUCUUAAAAUGGUCCAAAGUACCUCUCCGAUAAAUUGCAAUCGUUUCGAAGUAUAAGAGUCAGAAACUAUACAUUUCCGCAGUAUUCCUCCUCACAUUAUGGAGACUCAUUCAUUGUCCGUGCAAUUGAGUUUUGGAAUCAACUUCCUGCUGAUAUCAAAACAAUCAAUCAUAUGAAGUGUAGAAUUAGCAUUUAAGUUAAAAUACACGUUAAUACUGUUCGCCGAAACAGCCUGAUGAAUUGAGCAUCACUAUUUAUCACAGCGUACCACUGCCCAUCUCAUUCGGCUUGCGUAAUAACAAUUAAACGCCAACGCCGAAGACAGGCAAAAGAGAAUGAGUAGCCGAGUUUCAUAGUAAACACUCGAUUCAGAUUUGUUGUUUAGAGCCUGCUAAUGUUUUGGUUUUCUUAUAAACUAUAGUGAAAAGGUGAAUAUUAAAUGCAUUUCCUCAUCUAGAUUAAACUUACAAGCUACUUACAGGCUACUACGGAAUAAUCUUAAUAUUAAGUUGUGUGUAGAUCAAAACAUAGUACGGAGACAGAAUUGUAAGUAACUUAAUGAAUUCGAUAUAAAACCUAUCCUAACAAUAAAACAUUUAUAGCUUUAAGCUGAUCAUACUAAAUUCUGUGUUUUGAUCACUGCUGGAAGAACUCCCAACGUAUCUACCGCAACAUUCUUAAAGAAUUCUACCGGAGCCAAACCGGAGCAGGAUGAGUUUGCAGUCAAAUGUACGAAAAACCCGUUCACAGGUAAGGGCUCAGCAGGCGAAUGCUAAACCCAACCCGGAUGGCAAUGAAACGUCGUCGUCGUCGGAAGAUUCUUUCAUCCCAUCGAUAAUCGAUACAGACGGUGGUGAGUUGCGUGGUUGUGCCGCUUGCGAACGACCAAAUAACAGCGAGCGGUAUAUGGUACAGUGUCGGAACUGUAGCCAUUGGUACCAUUUUACCUGCGCCAAUGUCAACACAGCCACGGUACGUUCAUCUAAUUAUGUGUGUGCAUUAUGUAUACCGAGUGCGGUUUCUGUGGUAUUGGAAUCAGCACCGAGUCAGUUGAGCGGUAUUUCGAGUACGUCUAGCGCCCGGAGGACAAAUGUAGAUCGUGAGCUACAACGCCUGGAAGAAGAACGAAAAUUGCUUGAGGAGCUGAGCCGAGAGCGACUCGAAAAGGAGCGUGCGUUAAACGAGCGGGAACUUCAGGAGCGGCUAGAACGGGGCAAGCACUUCAUUGAUAGGAAACAUGAAUUGCUUAGUCGUCAAGAUGAUGAAGAAAGACGAAGCGUGCACAGUAUGCGAAGCAGUCAAAUGAGUGCAAAACGAACGGAGGAUUGGGUAAGACAGACAAAGGCAACCGAAAUAUCCGGUGAGAUGUCUAACAGACAGACAUCCGCGAAAUCUGCGAAUACUGAUUGUUCCGUUGGUGAUGCAUUUCCGGCUGAACCGCAGGGGGUACACCUUUCUUCGACACCGAUAAAGACUGUUGGAUCUGCAGCGGCACCCCCUCGUGAAGAAUAUAGGGCAUUUGCGAGAUCAGAGGUUAAAUCGAUCCCACGAACCAUAGGCAGCGUUACGAACAGGGAGGAAUCUGAGGAUCCUCUCGAUGCGGACGUUAGAACUGAUGCGGAUUUGCUAAAACCAGAAAGCAAACCGGUCGACUUACCAUAUGUCGACAUUCAACCAUACGCGGAUCUCCUCAAGGUCGAGGAAGUAGUUCCAAAUGCUGCAGGAGAGACGACAAAACUCAAUCGCUUUAGUGCGCACUGUUACAAGCGUUGGAGUGUUGAAACUGGAGAGCUCCGCAAACAGAAUGCUCUUCAGCUGCAGAAACAAACAGAAGCGGAACAUCGGGUCAUCCAAGAUCUGAUGGAUAAGCACCAGCUGGACAUUGAUGUGAGGCGAAAGCGCGAGCUAGAACUGGUAAACCGAGUAAAACAUCUACAGUUGCAGAAUGCUACUGAGCUUAAAUUGGUACGAGAAUCGGAAGAAGAUUUGCGUACGCAGCUUAGACAACGAGACCAUGAACGGUUAGAGCUGAAUUCUCAAAUCAGGACGUUGGAGAAGAUAAUCGUCGAAGACAGGGAGCGGAUGCAUACUGCGGAAGCAGAUUUACGGAGUCAACUCCAGCGACGAGACCGAGAAUUUGGAGCACUACAGCAUCAGAUUGCAGAACUGCAGGAUGAAAUCAAAUGUCUGCGUAGUAGGGAGAAGCAACUGCAAUCACAAAUCGAAGCGUCACAACUGCGUGAAAAGAAGGUCAUCCGACUGCGGAAAGAAGCAGAGAAGGAGUAUUGGGACUUGCACGAGGAGAUAGAGGACAUCAUCAAUCGGAACGUAGAUCAACCAACCGACGGAGCUUGUUCUUCUUCGUUGCCUCCUCCUCCAGCGUCGUGGACAGGAAUAUCGACUGAUGGUGUAGCAACGUCCAGUUGUGGUCAGGGUUUCCUUGCACAAUGUGAAGCUUCUGAUACAGGAUUGCCAAAUACGUCAGUAACAGGUCCGAAUGCAUUCCGUGCCAUACCGCAGUUUCCGGCUCAAUCUUUGGGUCAUGCGAGUGGAUAUUAUGGGCCAUCACCUCAACAACUAGCUGCCAGCCAAGUUGUUAUUAAGGAACUUCCGACUUUUUCUGGUGAUCCGGUCGAUUGGCCGCUAUUUAUAAGUAGCUACCAGCACUCAACAGAGACAUGUGGGUUCACUAAUUCGGAAAACCUUCUGCGUUUGCAACGUUGUCUGAGAGGUAGUGCCAAGGACUCCGUCAGCAGUUUCUUACUGCACCCGUCAACAGUUCCCCAAGUUUUGUCCACUUUGCAGCAGUUAUAUGGUCGCCCUGAACAAGUUGUGAACAACAUGAUAGCCAAAGUUAGAGCAACUCCUCCACCAAAAGCAGACCGGUUAGAGACGCUUGUCAGUUUUGGGUUGGUUGUACAAAACCUGUGCGGACACCUUAAAGCAGUUGGUUUGCAAAGAUAUCUAACAAAUCCAAUUUUGCUCCAAGAGCUAGUUGAUAAACUGCCAACAACGGUCAAGUUCAACUGGGUGCUUUACCAGGAACAAGUUCCGGUGGUAGACUUAAAUGUUUUUAGCGAUUAUAUGACGAAAAUAUCUUCAGCUGCGAGUGGUGUUACACUAAAUACUAACGUCCCACAGAGUUGUCUAAAAGACGAAAGAACAAGAUCGAAGGAAAGAUCGUAUGUGAAUACGCAUGGACGCUUGGAGUAUUCGGAAGGAAAUCGCCGAGAAGAUGUGGAUGCAAUUGGAGUCGGUGGACCUACGCAGAAGGAAAGAGAAAAUUUGAGCAGUGGUAAACCAUGCUCAAUUUGUAAUGUGGACAAUCAUCAAAUAGAGAGCUGUUCGGAAUUUAAGGAGCUUGAUUUGGAUGGUAAGUGGGAGGCAGUCAAGAUGCACAAACUUUGUGCUCGCUGUCUCACAUCACACGUACGAUGGCCUUGCAAAGGUCAGCUAUGUGGAAUCGAUGGUUGUCAGAAGCGCCAUCAUCGUAUGCUGCAUUUGACGCCGGCAGAGGUCAUUGAUUAUCAAAGCGAUAGUCACAGUUCAUCGUAGAAUUUGUCGAGUUUAAAAUGGCGCUCAAUGAUGUUGGCAGUAUCGGACGUGGUAAGAUCUGGUGAUGCUGAAUCGGAAAUUAGGGCAACACGAGGGGGAGGAUGUUCGCCGAAACAGCCUGAUGAAUUGAGCAUCACUAUUUAUCACAGCGUACCACUGCCCAUCUCAUUCGGCUUGCGUAAUAACAAUUAAACGCCAACGCCGAAGACAGGCAAAAGAGAAUGAGUAGCCGAGUUUCAUAGUAAACACUCGAUUCAGAUUUGUUGUUUAGAGCCUGCUAAUGUUUUGGUUUUCUUAUAAACUAUAGUGAAAAGGUGAAUAUUAAAUGCAUUUCUUAAUCUAGAUUAAACUUACAAGCUACUUACAGGCUUCUACGGAAUAAUCUUAAUAUUAAGCUGUGUGUAGAUCAAAACAUAGUACGGAGACAGAAUUGUAAGUAACUUAAUGAAUUCGAUAUAAAACCUAUCCUAACCCUAACAAUAAAACAUUUAUAGCUUUAAGCUGAUCAUACUAAAUUCUGUGUUUUGAUCACUGCUGGAAGAACUCCCAACGUAUCUACCGCAACAAAUACAAAAAAAAAAACAAUUCAUACGGUAGAUUCCGAAAAGAGUACAUCGACUGGUUCAAUGAAGAAAAUUAGGAACAGAAACUAGGAACAAAAAAAAUAGUUAUUAGUUUGCUUAAAUGCUAUGAUUUUUUUGUUUUUUUUUUGCAAAAAAUGUGGUUAUUCUUCACCAAAUGUAGAAAUUUAUAAGGAAAAAACCUUACUCUACAUAAAUAAUAAUAAAUUAAAUAAAUAAAAAAAAAAUAAAAAAAAAUUAAGGAGCUUUACCAAAAAUUCCUAAACAAGUUCCUCGGAUUUAUUUUCACGAGUUCCCAAAAACUCCGGGAAUUUCUCCAGGAGUUCCUCAGGAAAUUCUACAGCGUACUAGACGCCAAUCACGUAUUAUCCUUGAUUUUCUUAAGCACCAAACGGUAUUAUCCUCGAUUUUAAUCUGAGAUUUAACUUUAGUGCGCCGAUUUUGGCGCACUAAAAAUAAGUCUCGGAUUUACAAAAACUGGCUGCGUGCGGUAAUAAAUUGACUCUUAUACUACGAUACUACGCAAUCUUGUUGGAAAACGUCAAGCAGUAGGUAAAUAAAAGCAAAAAAAAUGAUAAAGCAGCUGAACUCUGCGGUGUCGGAACUUUCCCAGCUGCAGUGAACACACGCGAAACAUGGAUCCGCUCCGCGUCAUCAGCUUUAGAAGACCAGGAAUUUUCAUUCCCGUUGGAGGUGCAUCGCAUUGUGCAUUAAAAUUUUUAUAAUGUUGGAGCAUGUUUAACAAAAGAUAGUGGAUCUUUACUACUAGUGUCAGUACUCAUCGCGAAGUGAAAGCACUACAGGAUUGCCUGGCAGUAUGUUCACGGGGACAAGUAUGAUAAGCUUAAGCUUUCAUCCGCGAAUUCCCCCAGGUAAUCCUCUGGAAAUUCCAACAGAGAUUUCUUUGCGAAUUUCCCCAGGGAUUCCUGCACAAAUUGCCCCAGAAAUCCCUCUGCAAAUUCCCCAGGGUUUCCUUAGGGUAUUCUAUCGGGGAUUCUUCCAAUAAUUUCUUCUUUGAGGAUUCCAACGAGGAUUCCUAUCAAUUCCUUCGGAGAUUCCACUGGUUAUUCCGACAGGGGCGAAAAUUUUCAGGAUUCCUCCGGGAAUUCCCCCAUAGAUUUCUACGAGAAUUCCCCAAGAAUUCCUUCCUGAAUUCUCCAAAAAUUCCUUCAGGACUUCUUCCAGUGAAUCCUCUAGGAAUUCCUUUGGUAACUCUUCUAGGAUUUCCUUCGGGGUUUCCUAGAAAAAAUCCUUUGGGGAUUCCUUCAGAAAUGCUGUCUCCUUCAGAAAAUCUUACGGGGAUUUCUCUACGAAUUCGUGCGAGGA